AUGUCUACUGCAGAAGAACUAAGGCAGGAAGGCAAUACCGCAUUUAACGCGAAGCGGUAUCAAGAAGCACUGACAAUUUAUGAAAGGGCUAUCACAUUGGAUCCACGGAAUGUUGACAUUCUUAAUAACGCUUCAGCUGCCAGCAUUGCAUUAAAAAAUUUUAAUGAUGCAGAAAAGUAUGCGAGGCGAUCUCUUGAUAUUUCUGAUAAUGCCAGAGCACAUUCUCGUCUUGGCGCGGCACUCUGGGGGUUAAACCGAUUGGCGGAGGCCGCUGUGGAAUAUGAACGAGCCGAGGCUCUUAUGCCUGAUAAUUCUAAUGUUAAAGAAAGUUUACAACAAAUACGUUUCCUACAACAACAACAACAACAACAACAAAGUCAGUAUUCUAAUAUGGGUAUAACCGUUCCUCCCGGUUUAACAGGUACGGUAGGUUUACUUUUGGAUACUGGCGUUGUAGUUACGGCUGUAAUGACCUUAUUAUUUUGGUUUUUUGCCCCUGGUCUCAAUACGUUAUCAUGGAAUCUUCAAAUGAUUAUGGUGAUGCUGCAACAGGGUUAUGUUGCUAAUACCCGUGGACUUUUAAAAGCUUCGAAAGAAGUACUUUUUAAAUGGGGUGAACACCGUUGUACGUUGGAGUUACUCUUAUGUUUAUUAGCGUUAUUGACAGGUGUUAGACCUAUAAUUAUGAUUUCAGCCUCCUUUGGAGCCUACAGUGCUGUAAGCCUCGCCAAUAAUCAAGCUGCAUUGGUUUCAAUAGCACCAGCAGUUCAUCGUCUUUGUCUACCCCUUCUGCAGAAAAUUGUAACGAAUCAAUUGGUUCUUGUAGCAUGGGCUGUAGGGGUGGAAACUAUUUUGUUAUUCACUAUCAUGCUUAAUGGUGGUGCUAUUUUCACUCUUGUUUAUAUUCAAUAUAUCAAGAAUUUGUAUCGUAUUGAUGCAAACGUGAAAUUUGCAUUCAGUGGUGUACGGACAAACAUGACACGAGUUGCACGUUCUCCAUGGAUGCCUUCUUUUGUGGACACUUAUCUUCAGAAAUUUUGUGAUGCUCUCUAUAUGAUGUCACAACAGAAUUAUUAA